AUGCUGCAGCAACCGGCCGGCGAUCUCCUCUCCACGAACACUUCGCUCGACGAGGUGCCCGCAAUGAUGCAACACCAGCCAAGGGCCUCCGCGGUUGGUGGCAGGCACGAAGGUGGUGACCAUGAUAGCGAUGGUUCCAGCGGGGACGAAACCGAGACCGCUCCCCUCCUCAACAAGCACUCGUCAUCGGGCAGCGGCGGGCACGACGGGAAGAAGGGCGACGGCGACGGCGGAGGUGGUCGCGAACGACGGUUGCGAAUCAAUGGUGAUGGGACGUGGCGCGAGGGCGCGGCCAUCAAGAAGGGCAACAACGCCGUGACGACCUCCAAAUACACCAUCCUCACCUUCAUUCCCAAGAAUCUCAUCGAACAGUUCAAACGGUUGGCCAACAUCUACUUCCUCAUGAUCUCCGGUUUCCAGUUGAUUCCCGGGCUCUCGCCUACGGGACGAUUCACCACGCUGGUCCCGCUCGUGAUCGUGCUCACGAUCACCGCCCUCAAGGAAAUCGUCGAAGACAUUGCGCGACACCGACAAGACGCAGCCGUGAAUAACACCGAAGUAGAGAUCACCCGCAAUGGCCAACUUACAGUCGUCAAAUGGCACCAGGCACGCCACUCCGUCUCUGUGCGCGUGGGAGACAUUGUCCGGCUCCAGGAGGACCAGUACAUUCCCGCCGACCUCAUCCUCCUCUCCUCGUCCCUGCCGCACGGCACCGCCUACAUCCAGACCGCGAACCUCGACGGUGAAACCAAUCUCAAGAUCCGACAGGCGCUGCCGGAGACCUCCCACCUGACCGACCCCGCGGCGCUGGCCGACCUGCGCGGUGAUAUCGAGUGCGAGGGUCCCAGCAGGCAUCUGUACAGCUUCAGCGGAUCGCUGCACAUCGAGGGCUCCGCGCCGCUCUCCGUCGGCGUCAAGCAGCUCCUGCUUCGCGGCGCGAUGGUACGCAACACGGAGUGGGCCUACGGCAUCGCAGUCUACACGGGCCACGACACCCGGCUCAUGCAGAAUUCGACUGAAUCGCCGCACAAGCGGAGCAACGUGGAGCGGACCACCAAUUGGAUGAUCCUCGCGGUGUUCGCCAUGCAGCUGCUGCUCUGCGCCGGCGCGGCGGUGGCCAACACGAUCUACACCAAGCAGCUCGAGGACGCGUGGUACCUCCAGCUGGAGGGCUCGGCGGCGGCCAACGGCGCGCUGUCGUUCAUCACCUUCAUCAUCCUCCUCAACAACCUGAUCCCCAUCUCGCUCUACAUCACCAUGGAGAUCGUCAAGUUCGGCCAGGCCUACUUCAUCAACCACGACCUGCGCAUGUACCACGAAGCCAGCGACACCGCCGCGCAGGCGCGUACAUCGAACUUGAACGAGGAGCUGGGCCAAAUCAGUUACAUCUUCUCGGACAAGACCGGCACCCUCACGCAGAACCGCAUGCUCUUCCGCAGCUGCACCGUGGCGGGUACCGUCUACGGCAUCCCACAAACAGGCCCCGCGCCGCACGACGCCGAAGGCGCUGGGUCGGACGAUGAGGAGGAAGAGGAAGAGGUGGUAAUCGCCGUGCCUGCACACACGCGCACCUCCGAUUCGUUCACGCUCACCGAACGGGAGCCCGACGAGGGGUUCGACGGGGAGCAGCUGCUGGCCGCCCUUAACUCGCAGGACACCAACGAGGCGCAAACCGUGCGCCACUUCCUGACCCUCCUCGCCGUGUGCCACACCGUCGUGCCCCAGGCCAAGCCCGACGGGACCGUGGCGUACAUGGCGUCGUCCCCGGACGAGGCCGCCCUCGUCUCCGCGGCGCAGUCGAUGAACUUUGUCUUCCACUACCGUGAGCCCACGUCGAUCACGAUCAAAGUCGAAGGUGAGGACCUCGACUUUGAAAUUCUCAACAUUCUUGAAUUCACAUCCGAGCGCAAGCGAAUGUCGGUCAUUUGCCGGUGCCCCGACGGCCGGCUGCGGCUCUACAUCAAGGGCGCGGAUGACGUCAUCUUUGCGCGCCUGGCCGCCGACCAGCCCUACGCCGAGGUGACGAUGACGAACCUGCAGGACUUCGCCUCGGCCGGCCUGCGCACCCUGUGCUGCGCCUACGCCGAGCUCGACGAGGAGGCCUACCACCGCUGGAACAAGGAGUACAAGCGCGCCGCCGUCGCCAUCCUCCUCCGCGAGCAGCGCUUAUCGGAGGUGGCGGAGAAGAUCGAGAAGAACUUGGUGCUGUUGGGCGCGACGGGCAUCGAAGACAAGCUGCAGGACGGCGUGCCGGAGACGAUCGUCAAGCUGUCGCAGGCCGGCAUCAAGAUCUGGGUGCUGACGGGCGACCGCCAGGAGACGGCCAUCAACAUCGGCUACGCGUCGGGCCAGCUCACGGCCGACACCGACGUGAUCGUGCUCAACGUCGCCAACCCGGGCGCCACCAAGCGACACAUCGAACAGGCCCUCACCCGUCUCGUCCCCAACGCCAAGGCGGGAGUGGUGAUCGACGGGGAGACGCUGAUUGCGGCGCUCGAGCCGGACACGCGCAAGCUGUUCCUGGAGCUGUGCCAGGGCUGCAGGGCGGUGAUCUGCUGUCGCGUGUCGCCGCUCCAGAAGGCCGAGGUCGUGCGCCUCGUGCGCGAGAACGUCAAGGGCGCCAUCACCCUCGCCAUCGGCGACGGCGCCAACGACGUCUCCAUGAUCAAGACGUGGAUUUUUUAUUCGAUGACGUGGCAGGAAGCGCACGUGGGCAUCGGCAUCUCUGGCGAGGAGGGCCUGCAAGCGGCCCGCGCCUCCGACUACGCCAUCGCCCAGUUCCGGUUUUUGUCGCGGCUGCUGCUGGUGCACGGGCGGCAUUCGUACCACCGCCUGGCCAAGGUCAUUCUCUACUCCUUCUACAAGAACAUCGUCCUCUACCUGACCCAGUACUGGUUCAAUCUGUACAACGGGUGGUCGGGCCAGAGUCUGUACGAGCGGUGGACGCUGGCGCUCUACAACGUGCUCUUCACCCUCCUGCCCGUCAUCAUCGUCGGCUUCUUCGACCGCGACGUGUCCGACCGCAUGGCCCUCCGAUAUCCGGGGCUGUAUGGGACAUCGCGGCAGCGGACGCAGUUCAACAUUUGGGUGUUCCUGGGGUGGCUCGUCAACUCGGUGUUCCACUCGGUCGUGGUGGUGGUCGUCAUCGCCUUCAUCCACUACGACGGCAUCGGCGACGCCAGCGGCAAAAACCAGGGCCUCUGGUAUAUGGGCUCGCUGGCGUACGCGGCGGUGCUUCUGCUGGUCACGGGCAAGCUGGCGCUCGAGAUCCGGUCCUGGACCUACCUCCACCACGUCGCGGUGUGGGGUUCGUUGGUGGUGUUCCUCGGGUUCGAGGCGGUGUGGCAGAUCGCGUCGGCCCUCCCCUUCUUCCCCUUCGGCGAGGAGGUCUUCUUCGUCAUCUUCCGGCAGGUGGCCACGCCGCAGUUCUACCUUGCGCUCCUCAUCAUCAUCUUCAUCGCUCUCCUGCGCGACUUCACCUGGAAAUACGUGGUGCGAGCCUAUCGGCCAGACACGUACCACAUCAUCCAGGAGGUGGAAAAGGUGCAGCGCAAGCGCCCGCGCAAGAAGGCCGAAGCCGGCGCAGCCCGCCCCUACCUCGGGUACUCGUAUUCGGAGGAGAGCGGCGGCACGGCGGAGGCGAUCGCCUACGGGACCUUCGGCAAGAAGCACUUGUGA